AACCCCCCCAGAAUGAGGUUCCAGCUUCUUUGUGCUGUCAAUGUCACGUGGUCGGUCCGCUGCCACAUGAUAAUGUGAAACUGUCACACUGCUUCACUGCACAGUUGUAAUACUGCUGCAGUGCCAACGUGUCGAGCCGAAACUGUCUUAAUCUGUCACCGUGUUUCGCUGCUACACUGUUGUGUCACUGUCACUGCUUCACUGGCAGCUCCUCCGCAGCGCUGCCCGCAGGUCCUCACAGGAAGUACAAUAUAUUCGCGUCGGCUGGUGGCCUUGUCUUUAUUUGACAGUUUGUCCUCAUUUGAAUAAAUACACAUUGGAUUUAAUCUAUAUCGACCGCUACGUUUAGUAUUUAGGCGCCGGGAGUUUUUUUCUCAGCGCCACAGUGAGUUCAUCCGCUCUUCCGGGACCUCCACGCAUCGCCUCCAUUCAGCCAUUGAAGUGAGGGGGAGCGGGGUCCGGACUGUUGUGGUUUCGCUGCGACCUGUGUGCGUGAUUUCACGGGGAAAUGUCGCUGUAUGCGAUCCGCAUCAGGAAUCAUUCUUCGGUGUAAGCUCAGACUGUUGUGUCGACUGGCGUCGUCGGUGAGGAGCAGGGCUGCAAUGUCUGGCGCUGUCGGUGGAGGAGGAGGUGGAGGUGGAGGCUCCUCCUGUCUGGGCGCAGCGGCGGCCAGUUGCAGCAGCUCCGGCGGCUCUGCCUACGCUGCCGCGGCCGGAGGAGGCGCAGGGGUGGCCGGCAGGCUGCCGGCCCGGGUCCUGGAGCACAUUUUCUCCUACCUGGACCUGUUCGACCUGAUGCGGUGUGCGCUGGUCUGCUGGCACUGGAGCAACAUGCUGGCGGAUGAGAACAGCGAGGUGUGGCGCAGCCUCUGCGGCCGGAGUCUGAGCGAUGAAUCCCUGCGGUCAGAUAUCCUGUGCAACCUGCCCACCUACAAGGGGAAGCUCAAGGCCUUUCAACAUGCCCUGAGCUCCAAUGACUGCUCGCGCAAUGUUUAUGUGAAGAAGAACGGCUUCACCCUGCACCGCAACCCCAUCGCCCAGAGCACAGACGGUGCGAGAGGCAAGAUCGGCUUUUCGGAGGGGCGGCACGCCUGGGAGAUCUGGUGGGAGGGCCCCCUUGGCACCGUGGCCGUAAUCGGCCUCGCCACGAAGCGAGCGUCGAUGCAGUGCCAGGGCUACGUGGCCCUGCUGGGCAGUGACGACCAGAGCUGGGGCUGGAACCUGGUCGACAACAACCUACUUCACAACGGGGAGGUCAAUGGAAAUUUCCCACAGUGCAACAAUGCACCCAAAUAUCAGAUCGGGGAGAGAAUACGAGUGAUUCUAGACAUGGACGACAAGACGUUAGCCUUCGAGAGAGGUUUUGAGUUCCUUGGAGUAGCGUUUCGCGGACUGCCCAAAGCCUGCCUAUUCCCUGCUGUCUCUGCAGUAUACGGCAACACUGAAGUCACCAUGGUGUACCUGGGGAAGCCUCUGGACGGGUAGAAGCAGAACAACACGUGCCACCAUUUAAACUAACAGAACACCGGCGAGUCUUCUGUCUACAGUGUGCCAGCCAUGUUGCACCAUGUCAAAAUGUUUUGGAGACUAAGUGGUCAUGUUUCUCCCGAGCAAAACCACUCGGUUCACGUACACAAAGAGAACUGUCGUCCUCUCUGCUACAGCUGGACGAGAAGCCAGAGUGAAGAUUUUUGGACCACGGGGCAAAGGGAGGUGUGGGAACGCUCAUAAACAUGUUUCUGUAUCAAUUAGUGGAGGUGUCCACUUUUACAGUUUAGCUGCUGGCCUUUUUUUUAUUAUUAUUUACAGGACAGGGGAACGUGGCAUUCAUGUCUGCUCGAAUGAGGCCAAAACUAUUCUCAACUGUGGCAAAUACUUUAAGACAUCAUUUUAAUAAGUGACACAUUUAGGUGUUAUGAAAUAACUUUCCUCAGUAUGAGUUAAUGGAAACAUCUUAUUGUGCAUUAACGCAGGUGGGAUCUAAUCAGUGACUAAUCGUUCGGAUGGUUUUAUGCCAAAUCAAUGUGACCUCACGUUGUAUAUUGAUAAAGGCAAACAGAGGAGCUGGGGACUGUCUGACAUGCAUGUGCAUGGACACUGGAGCGGGGACUGAAACAUUUGUCCUUUUGAAGACACUCAUACAGUACUGGUGGAAACUAUACCUGUAUCAUAUUAAUGUGUCCUUUUUAAUGUGCUUCUGUAGUAUUACACACUAUUUAUUGGUUUUAUCUAUGGUACUAUUGUUACUGUAUAUUAUAAGGCCUGAAAAUAAAGUCUACGUGGUGCCACUCUUAGAAUAAA